AAAUACUCAAGUGUCUCCAGGGAAGAGAGGGUCAUCGGUGCCUGGAAGAGCAGCCCAGGGGCCAAGGGCAGGUGUUGAAGGAGAGGGAGGAAGAGUUGGGGCACUGCGUGGUGGAAAGUUGCUUGCGGCGGAGACCCGAAGGUCCAGCGCCCAGAGCCCAGGGGGGCCGUGUGUCUGGGAGAAGCCGCUGCCCCUGUGUUCGGACCUGCGAGCUCGCGGGCAGCGCGGGGCCGGGGACGACGCCCCCUCCUGCGGCGCGGACUCUGUCGGUGGCCCCCGAGGAGGAGGAGGAAUAUGGAAUCGAAGGCGGGCCCCUCCUGCCGUCUAGUCUUCUGCCUCUUGAUCUCCGCCGCUGUCCUCAGGCCAGGCCUUGGAUGGUAUACUGUAAACUCAGCAUAUGGAGAUACCAUUAUCAUGCCUUGCCGCCUCGAUGUACCUCAGAAUCUCAUGUUUGGCAAAUGGAAAUAUGAAAAGCCCGAUGGCUCCCCAGUAUUUAUUGCCUUCAGGUCCUCUACAAAGAAAAGUGUGCAGUACGACGAUGUACCAGAAUACAAAGACAGAUUGAGCCUCUCAGAAAACUACACUUUGUCUAUCAGUAAUGCAAGGAUCAGUGAUGAAAAGAGAUUUGUGUGCAUGCUAGUAACUGAGGACAACGUGUUUGAGGCACCUACAAUAGUCAAGGUGUUCAAGCAACCAUCCAAACCUGAAAUUGUAAGCAAAGCACCUUUUCUCGAAACAGAGCAGCUAAAAAAGUUGGGAGACUGCAUUUCAAAAGACAGUUAUCCAGAUGGCAACAUCACAUGGUACAGGAAUGGAAAAGUGCUGCAACCCCUUGAAGGAGUGGUGGUCUUAAUUUUUAAAAAGCAAAUGGACCCGGUAACUCAGCUCUAUACCAUGACUUCAUCUCUGGAGUACAAGGCAACCAAGACUGACAUACAAAUGCCAUUCACCUGCUCUGUGAUGUAUUAUGGACCAUCUGGCCAGAAAACACUUCAAUCUGAACAAGCAAUCUUUGAUAUUUACUAUCCUACUGAGCAAGUGACAAUACAAGUGCUGCCAUCAAAAAAUGCCAUCAAAGAAGGGGAUAACAUCACUCUUACGUGCUUGGGAAAUGGUAACCCUCCUCCUGAGGAAUUUUUGUUUUACUUACCAGGACAGCCUGAAGGAAUAAGAAGCUCAAAUACUUACACGUUGACAGAUGUAAGGCGCAAUGCAACAGGAGACUACAAAUGCUCCCUGAUAGACAAAAAAAGCAUGAUUGCUUCAACAGCCAUCACCGUUCACUAUUUGGAUUUAUCCUUAAACCCAAGUGGGGAAGUGACCAAGCAGAUUGGCGAUGCCUUGCCUGUGUCAUGCACAAUAUCUGCUAGUAGGAAUGCAACCGUGGUAUGGAUGAAAGACAACAUCAGGCUUCGAUCCAGCCCAUCAUUUUCUAGUCUCCAUUAUCAGGAUGCUGGAAACUAUGUUUGUGAAACUGCUCUGCAAGAGGUUGAAGGCCUAAGGAAGAGAGAGUCAUUGACACUCAUAGUAGAAGGAAAACCUCAAAUCAAAAUGACAAAGAAAACUGAUCCCAGUGGACUGUCUAAAACAAUUAUCUGCCAUGUGGAAGGUUUUCCGAAGCCAGCUAUACAGUGGACAAUUACUGGCAGUGGAAGCGUCAUAAACCAAACAGAGGAAUCUCCUUAUAUCAAUGGCAGGUAUUAUAGUAAAAUUAUCAUUUCCCCUGAAGAGAAUGUUACAUUAACUUGCACAGCAGAAAACCAGCUGGAGAGAACAGUAAACUCCUUGAAUGUCUCUGCUAUAAGUAUUCCAGAGCACGAUGAGGCAGACGAGAUAAGUGAUGAAAACAGAGAAAAGGUGAAUGACCAGGCAAAACUAAUCGUGGGAAUAGUUGUUGGUCUCCUCCUCGCUGCCCUAGUCGCUGGUGUUGUCUACUGGCUGUACAUGAAGAAAUCGAAGACUGCAUCAAAACACGUAAACAAGGACCUUGGUAAUCUGGAGGAAAACAAAAAGUUAGAAGAAAACAAUCACAAAACAGAAGCCUAAGAGAGAAACUGUUCUAAUUGUUGUCCAG